AUGGCGUCUCAUGAACAGACUCGCAUGCAUGAGCUUAUUCGCGACAGCCCGCCCUGGUGGCAAUCCAGCAAGCUAGUCCAAUUGUACUUCCUCUUGCUGCCGGCUCUUCUCACCUCAAGCGCCUGGGGUUUCGAUAUCAGCAUGACGAACGGACUACAGAGCAUUCCGGAAUUUAGCAAACAGUUCGACAACCCAGAAGGUUCUCGCCUGGGCUUCUAUGGCGCAAGCUCUUCGAUAGGUGGACUCUGUGCUGUGUUCAUAUGGCCUUUCUUCGUCGACAUUACGGGUCGCCGGUUGCUGGUAUUCAUCGGCGCCCUUCUCGUUGUGGCAAUGAGCAUCAUGGAGACUUUCUCUACCAGCUUCUAUAUGUUCGCUGCUGGCAAACUCCUCCUUGGGUUCGGCUCGUUGACAUCUCAAAUUGUGGCGCCGGUGCUGGUGGUUGAGUUGGCGCACCCAAAGCAAAGACAAGCCAUUUCUUCACUUUACAACACCAGCUUGUACAUUGGUCUGAUCAUUGGGGCUUGGAUCGCUUACGGCACUGCUGGUCUCUCGUCUACGUGGGCGUGGAGAAUUCCGGCCAUACUCCAGACUGCGCUGCCUACCUACCAAGUGCUUACCAUCUGGUUCUGUCCCGAAUCGCCCCGAUGGCUCGCCUCGAGGGGCCGCUUGCAAGCUGCGCAAGACAUCUUGAUUAAGUACCAUGGUCAAGGGCGCGAAACCGAUCUCGUCCAGUUCGAGAUCAGGAAAUCCUCGCGGGCAUUAAGCCGACAACUAAACCGGGAGGGCUUCCGCACCGUACUGUCUACGCGCGGCAACCUCCAUCGCUUGUGGAUGUGCGCCGUCACAGCCAUUGCGUCGCAGUGCUGUGGUUCGCAACUCGUUGCCAACUACCUCCCGCAAAUCCUUGAUCAAGUCGGCUUCUCUUCCACGAAGGAGAAGACGUUGAUGAACGGCUUGAUCUUCAUCGCCUCCUGGCUCUCCGCUAUCGCGGCCGCCUUCACCAUUCCGUAUGUUCCUCGACGCAGCGUCUUUCUCAGCAGCACUGGUCUGAUGCUUGUGCUGUUCACCAUAUGGACCGCCUUAGCUGCGGAGUAUGUGAAGACCUCAAGCAAGAGCAUCGGGAUUGGUGUUGUGGCCAUGGUCUUCCUGUUCAACAUGACAUACUGUGCUUGCUGGGUUCCACUAGUGAUUGCUUACCCGCUGGAGAUUGCAACAACGAAGCAGCGUGCCGUUUUCUUCUGCUGGGUAUACAUCUGCAUCAACGCAUCAUCUACUGCUGUCACGUAUAUCAACCCUAUUGGCUUGCAAGACAUUUCGUGGCGGUACUAUAUCAUCCAGACAAUCUUCAUUGCACUCGUGUUCAUCGCGAUCUACUUCACAUUUGUGGAAACGCAAGGUCGGGACUCAUUUUUAGACGUGUCUGAAGCAAAUCGUCGGCUGACAGACUGUUCUGCAGGUUAUACGCUAGAAGAAAUCGCCGUGCUCUUCGAUGGGCAAGAGUCAUUUGAUCGGGCAAUGGUAGAUGUAGCUGUGGGCGUUGGCAAGCAGAUGGAACUUGAUGAUGGGCGUAAAGCAAGUGUUGUUGCUACCGAGACGGUUGAAUCGAAGGAUGCGUAG